AGUUCUUAAUGAAUAUUCGAUUAUCAUUGAAGGUAUUUGUCUACGGCUUGCCGUGUAAAGAAUUGGAUAACGGAAAAUGUGUGGUCCGUCGAUACGCGAGCUUACAAGGAUAUACAAACUGUGCGUAGAAUGCAUCGUGCGAUGCGAUUGAAACUUUGCGAGAGCGACAAUGGGGAGAUCGACGAGGCCAGUAAAAUUCAAAAGCCAUGGUGUCCGAAUAUAGAGACAAUUUUAAAAGAUUUUUCUUCUUGCCCGACCAUAAAAAAUAUAUGUCUAGAUAUUCCGAUCUUUGGUAAAGGAUUGAAUCAGAGCGAUAUGGCAGCCAUUCAAUUCUCUUUCGUCGGGAUAAUUCUGCUGUACCCCCACGAACUCGGUAUUCAUGCUAAUGAGGAAGAUUUAGAAGCGUUUUGUCACGUAUGGAGAAGUAUAGGAUAUCUUCUUGGCAUAGAGGAUCAGUAAGUACCGUAUAUAUAUAAAUUCACACAUCAUCGUGUGCGACGAAAAUAGUAUAUAGGAAAGUCU